UUGAUAUCCCUGGAAAUUGUUCGAUUGACAGCCACUCAUUCAUGUAGGUAGAUAUCCUUUGAACGAGGUCAAUCGACAGCCACUGGAUCCUCUUAGACUGCUUCCCGUAUAAUAAUCUGUUUGAGGAUCUGUUUGAAUGCUCAGACAUGCGUGGAAUGCGUCGUUCUGCAGGAAAUGCAGUGGACAGGUUAGAAAAGUCUGAGGGAGCGAUAUCAAAUUACCCUCAUCUUGCUUCUGCUUUCUCUCAGCGCUCUACUGUGCGUUUGGGACCUAUUGUGCAGGGUAAUACAAAAGGUGCGGCUAGGUGUUCAUAUGAUCAAGGUGUCAUUCCUAGGAAUUCAGACUUGCAGAGGCCGACAAAUGUUCUGCGCGACUUUUGACUGUUCUAAUUCCACUUUGAGAUUCCAGUUGUUUAGUCUUCACUUACACACACGCGCGCGCACACCAUCAUGAUGAAACAUCCAGAAGGUAUAUGGUUCACGCCCAACUAUCGGUGUAAGUCUGUGAAUUAUUACACCGGGUUUGAAUUGCUUGUGCAUACACAAUGUGUCAAUGUCAAAGUGCCACAAUUACAAAGCAACACUUGGAGAAUUGGGGUUCAAGAUGUCAAAUAAUGUCAUACUAAAAUAAUCAGCCAUAAAUCAUGGUGCUUGAGCUGGAACUAUUACCAUUCCCUGGAACCGUUCAAACUAAGUCGUAGAUUUGUCUUGUCUUGUUCACUCACCCUGAGUGAGAAAUGACACUCCCCUUGACAUAUUCCCGUCAGUGAAAGCUUUCACCGUUGCUCAUUCUUCCUGGACCGCACAGAGAAAGUUUCAGCUGUUCUUCUCUUAUUUGUCAAAAAGCUUCCCAUCGCUCUGAUGUCUUUGUCAGCGCUGUGUGCGUAAUGUGCAUGUUUAUUUUUGCAGUUUCGACGUAGGCCCACAGACGGCCACUGAGCUGUGCAACGUGCUGGAUGCUGGCCAACCUAUGAGCCUGUAUUUGUGUUGGCGCUGGUUCCUGUGUGUUGCUCGCUGGGCCCUUGUGGUUCAGAGGGAUCAGGCGGAAAUGGCUUUCAACAUGGUUUAUCAAUAGGAAGUUUAAAGGGGAAGUGGGUGCCCUUUAUACAUGACAUGUCUUCACAACGGACCACUCGAUACUGGGAGCAUAAAUCAUCAUUAUCCUAUUUGAUAGGUAUACAAUCCAAACCAAAACCAUGAACAAAGUACCUUUGUUCAUUGCUCCACAGCGAUUUCAUGAAUAAAUGUCAUAAGCUCAUUCUUGCCGGCGACACGGCAUGCUUCGUAUUCGUAAGGGUGGGGUGAUUCAUUCCAUCGGUUUCCACCUCCAUCUGUACCACCUCUUCACAACCUUUGUACGCAGAUGAGCCUCUACGACAGCAGUGACCGCUACUCCGAGUCUCCGGCCGACGACCAGUCGGAGGGAGAGGAGGUGGAGAGAGACGAUGAAGAGGAGGAGGAGGAGGAGGAGGAGGGAGUGGAGGCGCCAAGGUCGAGCCUCCCGCCCGUCAUCGCCAACUUCUCCUCCUCUCUGCUGGCGGUGGUGCGCAUCCGACAGAAGUACCUGGCCAUGAAGAAGCGGCGGCUGGAGAUGUCCCAGGUGUUCGGCGGCGCCAAGCUCAUGGCAGGGGCGCCGUCUCGCACCAGCCCCAAGAUCUUCACCUUCGACGGGGAGCCCGGUUCCGUGCCGCCCCUGGCGCCCGAGCGCAGGAAGAGGAGGAGGAAGCACCGCGGGGUGCAGUACCCCACGGGACGGGGCCGUCGGGCCCCGCCCAAACCGGCUCAGAGCCGCGCCAAGUACUGCCUCUACCUGCUGUGUGCCAUCGUCUUCCUGCAGGUGUACAACGCCAUCGAGAACCUGGACGACCACGUGCUCCGCUACGACCUGGACGGCCUGGAGAAGACCCUGCGGCGGGAGGUGUUCGGCCAGCGGGCGGCGGUGGAGGGGCUGCUGGGCCUGCUCCACGACUACCUCUCCACCUACGUCCACGGCAGGCCCCUGGUGCUCUCCGUCCACGGCCCCUCCGGCGUGGGCAAGAGCCACCUGGGGCGGCUGCUGGCGGGCCACUUCCGCGCGGUGGUCGGCGAGCCCCUGGUGCUGCAGUACUACGUCCUGCACCGCUGCCCCCUGGAGGCGGACGCCUGGCACUGCGCCCGGGCGCUCUCCGUGGCGGUGGCGGAGAUGGUGGAGCGCGCCGAGGAGGAGGAGAAGAUCCCCCUGUUUGUGUUCGACGAGGCGGAGCACAUGCACGCCGAGAUCCUGGACGCGCUGAGGGACCUGGUGGCGACCAAGCGCUCCAACGAGUACCUCAACGCCGUCUACCUGUUCCUGAGCGGCCUGGGCGGCGAGCUCAUCACCCACCACCUGCUGCACAACUCGUCCAGCGCGGCGGGCGGCGGCGGCGGCAUGAUGGCCAUGACCAUGGAGGGCGCGUGCGGCGGUCGCCACGGCAACCUGGCGAAGGAGCUGGGCCCCGUGCUCCGCGACACGCUGGAGAAGAGGCACCCGCUGUGGGAGGCGGCGGAGAUAUUACCCAUGGGCCUCCUGGAGAAGAGCCACGUGACGGAAUGCUUCCUGGACGAGAUGGCCGGCGAGGGGUUCUACCCGGACCGGGAGAACAUCGAGAGGCUGGCGGGGGAGGUGGAGUACUACCCGGCCGUGGGGGAGCGCCAGUACGCCCGGACAGGAUGCAAGCAGGUGGUGGCCAAGGUCAACCUGCUGUGACCCCCCCCCCAGCAGGGGCCUGGCCUGGUCCCCCCCCUCCUCCAACUCCAUAAUCAAGAAACCAGGGUGGCCAAGCGCAUUGCCGCCCUAACUGAAUCCCUUAGAACUUUGACUUAAAGCGGUCUAUCACAAUCCAACAGAACAUGUGGUGUAACUACAGAAUUUGUAUUGAACCUAAUGGUAUCUGGUGCCGCGUUAUUGUGGGCAUAAGGAAACGGACGCGCCACAUCCUCCUACCAGGAAACCAAAGGAACAGAUCCAUCCCGGCCAUUUUGUCACUAGACUGUGGACUCUGCAUGUGGACGCAAAUACUUGAGUGAGUAUGAACAGAGUUCAUGUAGUAAGAAUGCCAUGGUUCUGUGGGAUAAGGUGGGAGUAGAUCAACGAUCUCUUGAUCUGUGAUCGGCGUUGGCAGCGCCGCCUGACCGACUGAACAGACCGUCUCACUGAGGAGAAUAUUAAAAUCGUUUUCUGCCUUUUAAGCCGACCACUUAAGUUGGAUGUGUCCUUUAUCUGAUUGCUCUAAGUCGAUACGUUUAGAAUUAUUUCAUAAUUUGCGCAAUGAGCCGCAGACAGACAACAAUACCAGAUAUAUUGAGACAAUGUUUUUUAUUUUUAUUCUUAUUAGAAUUCCCUUAACAUUGGAAAAUUACGUACCGUUUCCAAACCACAAAGAAAUGACAAAACCAGCAUAUGACAACACAAUAUGAUGUGGGAUUUGUGGUUCUCCCCUAGCAGAAGAAAGGAUAGUCGUGUGGAACAGACAAGCCUGUUGCAUCAUUUUAAUCACAGUGUGAUUUAAAGAAUGGUUUCGCAUUGUUUGGUCUGAAAUGCAUUGUUUGGUCUGAAAUGCCGUAAACAUUCCAACAGAGCAAUGAUGAGUUUGGUUUCUCGAGAAAGUGAAACAAAAUAAAAAGCAGACUUUCCUGUGACAAUUCUUUUGUGACUUGACUAGCCAACCAAAAUAAAGAUGAAACCAACAUUGUAGGAAUGCCAACUAACUAAAUAACCUAUCCGAAGAUCCUGCCAUCUUGGUUUCAUCUGUCACUCGGAUAAGAAAGAACAAAAGAAAGACACUCCGAGGAAGUGUUUCGGUUUCUGAAACUCAAAA